AUGGGGAUUAGGGUUUCCCGCAAUUUUAUGACCUACCAGAAUAUUUACACCUUUAACAAGGCAAAGUUUAACGACGCGAAUCAUCGCUGCACGUUUGAGUAUGACCACGUUGGGUGUGCGAAGAGGGGAGAGCCACUAGAGGAAGCAGACCGGGCAGAACGAGCGGAGCGAGUAGAGCGAGUACACCGCGUACAGCCAGCGCAUCACAGAGACGUUGCACCACGGGGAGGGGACCCCCCGAAUCGGAAAAAGGGCAAAGUCAUUAUAGAAGGAGACUUCAAAUCGGAGCAGAACCAAAGGAGGGACAUGAAAACACCCCUUCGGAAACUAACCCAUUUGAGGAAUUUGCCAAAAAAGAAGAAAAUAAAAAAGCACGUCACACGAACAGGUGAAGAAGCACAAAGGGUGAACUUUUCGAGCCCCCCCAAAAAUGACAACUCAGAAAAUAACAAAGUAUUAGAGGGAGAUAGGGGUGGAGAUCCCCUUAUGUGCACUGCUAAAGGGAAGGAACUACCCCCUACCGAGGGGAACAACCAGCUAGACGAGACACACCAGCGAAGCAGGGAAGGAAAAAAUCACCAAUUGAAGAAGAAAGUGUCUUCAAAAAAUUCGAGUCUAUACAGGAAGGCAACGGCGUCUCUCUUGGACUACAUCAAAUUGCUGAGAAGUCGGACGAAGGAAAGGGGGGAAGACAGACAAGGGAGAACUCCUUCGCGCAAGAAGAGGGCAACAGUGGAGGAGGAAAAGAACAAUACAAUCGCCGAUAUGAAGAACAAGACGAGGAUCUCCAGGUGCUUCUCCAUUCGGAUGGCCUCUAAAGCGGUUACUCAGACGACUAGCGAGACGGCUUCCCAGGCGGCUUCCCAGGCGGCUUCCCAAACGGCCGCCACAGCACCGAAAUCGUACGAUCUCCAUUUGGUGCUUUCCUUUUCCAAUCAGCCGAACGAAAAAGAAAUCUUCACACGGCUUCUACAUAACGAGCUGAGAUAUACUGAUGUGCUAUACCUACGGAACAAGCUCAAGCAAAAUGAGGAUGCAGAAAAGACCAUAGCAUCGUGCAACUGUGUAAUCGUGUCGCAAAAAAAAUUACUCCUUUUACAUGAGCAGAAUAAGAUGAUACGAAAUUAUGGAUAUAGAGAUUUAAAGCUACAUCAGAUGUUGCCUCAAAAUAAUGAUCACAUAAAACUGGUGGAACAUCUCUCGUUAGCUAAUUGCUUGCCAGAUAUUUCAUUCUGCUUUUACAUGUCCCACGAGCUGAUGCACACAUAUCUGUGGGUCUCGCAUUUAGACACAUCUGUGCACUUUGAAGAAAUACAAAAGAUUGUAAAGAAGCUGCACUCGAAAUCGUUUUAUGUACGGAGUGAGAACACCCGGGGGGAUAAGUUCCACAAACGUUUAGGCUAUCAUUUGUCGCCCGAGUUGAAGGAGGCCCUGUGCGGGUUGGCGUCCGUUCAUUUUAUGCAUCACGUGCGGGAGGUCAACGCAGAGGGGUGCGAAAAUGGGCAUUCCUACGAUCUCGAAGGUGAAAGCAUCCAUGAGCGAGAAUGCGAGCUGAUAGACUACUACAUCAGGACAUGCGAGCGAGGGGGAUCCCCCAUGUAUGGCAAAAACUACCAAGAGAUAAAGAGAAUUAUGAAGAACUAUACUCUGGUGGACAUUCUGCACAUCAUUGGGGACAUAAAGCGCGCACGCCUUUACCCGGUGGUAAGUCUGCGGUUACUGCGCCCUGUGAUUUCCUCUAUCCGUGCUGUAAGCUAA